AUGUUCUGGUCGUCUAAUCCCUUCAUCAACAAUGCUGAUAUCACCAACACCAUGAAAUGCAACAGGUUCCAGAAGCUGGUGCAGUACUUCCAUGUUGCGGACUGGUCGACUGAGCCAGGAAGAGGAGAGCCCGGAUACGACAAACUCUUCAAGGUGCGACCUGUAAUGGAGAGCGUCAGCCGGACAUUUCAGGACAUCAACAUGCUCAACAAGGAGGUCUCCAUUGACGAGGCCAUGAAUGCGUUUACCGGCCGCCUCAGCUUUAGACAGUAUAUGCCUGCCAAGCCAAAUAAGAGGGGAAUCAAGAUGUGGAUGCUCUGCGAUGCCAGGAGAGCCUUCCUUGCUCGUUUUGAGGUAAACCUGGGGAGACAAAAUAACCAGACGGAACACGGACUUGGCGACAACGUUGUGAUGAGGCUAGUGGACCACAUCUACCACUCCUUCCGCUGGUUGAUCUUCGACAACUUCUUCACAGUUAUACCUCUCAUGAAGGAACUCCUGGAGAAGGGCCUCUACGCCUGCGGGACUGUCAGGGUCAACAGGAAGGGAUUCCCCAGCCAGUUGAAGAAACCAGCAGAGGUACGACAGCGCAGAGACUUCAAGAUCAUGCAGAUGGAUGACACCAACCUGACUGCCACAGUAUGGAAAGACACGCGACUUGUUCACCACUUGGUCACGUUGAGCGACCCUACCAUCAUUUUACCUGUACAGCGACGAUGUGGAGUCAACGUCCUGCAGCUACAGUCGCCACACAGUGUGAACGUCUACAACAUGUAUAUGGGUGGUUUUGACCUGCAUGAUCAGUACCGCGCUAAGAAUGACGUUGGGAGCUGUUCCAAGAACUACUGGCGAUACCUGUUCUGGUUUCUUCUGAACUGUUGCAUAGUGAAUGCCUUCAUCAUGUACAAACUGACGUCCCGCAGGAGAAUCGGCUGGAAGCGGUUCACCCACCUUGAUUUCGGUCUGGAACUUGUCCGGGAACUGGCUGGGGUGUUCUGCAAAAGAAAAGGUGCAGCACCGGAAGGCAGAGGGAGAGAUGGCUUGGUGGAGCAGAUGAACAUGGGGGGGGGGGCCAUGUCAUGUUCCGACUCUCCGACAAGACAAAGGCCUGCAAGUACCACACCUGAUACCUGA